AUGUUAACCACCUUUACUAUUUCAAACAAUAAAAGAAAAUUACAAUAUAAUAAUAAUUACAAUUCUAAUAAAAAAUUGAAAUUAUCAAAAUUAAAUACCCAUUCUCACUCACCCUCACAAACAAUCACUCCUCCAAGAACCCCAACGACUUCUCAUCAAAUAUUCAACCAACCAGAAUUAUUAAACAUCAUCUUAUCAAACUUAGAUUCAAAUUCUUUAUUCAAUUGUUUAAAAGUCUCGAAAUUAUGGUAUCAUUCAACUAUCCCAUUUAUUGAAACUCAAAAUUUAACAUUUAAAUCUUUUAAACAAUUGGAAACAUUUAAUAAUAAUAAUUUAACUAAAUUAGUGAAUUAUUCUCCAAAGAGUUUAAUGUUACAAAAUAUUCAUCAAUCAUCAAUCAUUCCACAAAAUAUUUCUUUAAAAAAUCUAAUUCAUUUAUCCUAUCAUAAUUGUUCUAAAAUUUUACCUCCAAUAGAUUGGUUUGUUAGUGAAAAUUUACAAAGCUUAAAAUCCUUAACAAUUUCCAAUAAUCAAUUAUUAGAUGAUAAUUAUCUUCUAAGUAUUUCACCUUUUUUAAAGAAUUUGAAAUAUUUAGAUUUAAGAGCUUGUUAUAAUAUUUCAGAUAUAGGUAUUACCUCCAUAGCUACAAAUUGUCCAAACUUAAUCUUUAUCAAUUUAAAUAGGAAAAAACACUUCAUUGCAACUAAGAAAAACCAUAUUAUCUCAAGUAUAAGUUUAAUGGCAAUUGCAAAUUAUACAAAUAUUAAAAUCUUGGGAAUUAGUGGUAGUUCCAUUUGUGAUGCCGGAAUGUUUCAAUUGAUUAAGAAUAGAGGCAAACAUCUUAUUACACUAUCUAUUAAUGAUUGUACUUUGUUAACAAACCAUUCAUUAAAAAUAUUCUCUAAUAAUUUCAAAUUAUUACCAAUUUUAACAAGAUUAGAAAUUUGUAGAAUUGAAAAAAAUUUCGGAAAUUUUAAUUUAAAGUCUUUACAAAAUUGGAGAUUGAAAAAUCAUUUGAAUUUAUUACAAAUCAAAUUUACGAACCAUCAUCAUCUUAAAUCGCAUCAUCAUUUUUUAUAG